AGAAGGAAGUUCAAGCACCGUCAAAGGAUGUGCCCACAGGUGUUGUGAACGGUUGCUGAAAUGUUUUCCAAAAGAAAUCAAGUCUAAAAUCAAGGCGAUUCUAAUAACGUUCACUAUAUGCAACAAGAGAAGUAUUGUCUGAAAAUCCAUUCUGUCUGGAGUCCAGAAUUUGUCUAAUUCCAGAUGGGUGAUAUCCGGGAAUCCCCCAACAGGAUGUGGCACUAUCACAGUCAGGGCCUAACAAAACCGAUCUCUGCCCUUCCCCCACCCCAUGUAAAUGUUGUGUGCGGCAAAGUCAGAAGAAAGUUGACAUUGCGAGUUGAGUGCCAAACGUUUGAUUCAUUAGCGAUUGAAAGUAAAAAUGCAGAAACUGCAGUCUUAAUGCUCCAGUCGCCGGAAGAAGAAGUCCUUGCCAAAGCAUGUGAUGCUUUAUACAGAUUUGCACGAAAAGGAGAUGAAAAUAAAUUAAAACUUCUUGGACUUGGAGCAUUGGAAUCAUUAUCUAAACUCAUCUCCCAUGAAGACAAAAUAGUGCGCAGAAACGCCACAAUGGUGUGUGGAAUCAUGGCAGCAAAUAAUGAUGUUAGGAAACUGAUACAGAAGCUGGAUAUUCUACCUUCACUAAUUGCUCGGCUCGCCCCAGAAGAAGAAGUAGUCAUCCAUGAGUUUGCUACGCUCUGCCUGGCUCACAUGGCUGUUGAGUACACAAGUAAAGCAAGAAUAUUUGAACUGAAUGGGCUGGAGAAUCUCAUCCGCUUGUUAGGCAGCCCAGACCCCGAUGUUAAGAAGAAUUCUGUUGAGUGCAUUUAUUUGUUGGCACAGGACUUCCAAAGUCGCUGUGCAAUCUGUGAGCACAAUGCUGUCCCUGCUUUGUUGGAGCUGCUGACGUCAGAUUAUCCUCUCAUUCAGCUGCUGUCUCUGAAAGCCCUGUGCAGUAUCAGCUGCGAGGCAGAGUGCAGGUUAGCUCUAAAAGACAACCAAGCUCUGGAUCACCUUAUCAAAAUCUUGGAAGCAAAGGAGCUUAAUGACUUACAUGUGGAGGCACUUUUGAUAAUAGCAAACUGCCUGGAGGAUGUGGAUGCUGUUCAGCUUCUUCUGCAGUCAGGGGGUCUUAGGAAGAUAUUGACCUUUGCAGAGAUGUCUCCCCUGCCUGACAUACAAAGAAAUGCUGCCAAAGCCAUCACCAAGUCAGCUCACAGUGCUGAGAACAGAAAAUUCUUUCAUGAGCAAGACGCAGAAAAGACUCUGGUGAACCUACUGCUGACUGAGAAUGACGGCGUUAAGGUUGCAGCUUUGCAAGCUAUUUCUGUCAUGUGUGCAAAUGCAGCUAGCAAGGACGUAUUUAAUAAGCAUGGAAUUCCUCAAAUGAUUAAUUUAUUGAGCAAGGACAGUGCCGACGUUCGGGAAGCAGCAACAUUUGCCCUGGCAAACCUUACCGCUGACUGCCCAAUCAAUGCCAGUGCAGUGGCAGAAGCUGACGGAAUCGAGGCAUUGAUCAAUCUAAUGUCAGACAAGAAAGAUGAAGUGAUUUCUAAUGCAUGCACGGUUCUUAUCAGCAUGGCUACUCAGGAAUCUCUCCGGCUCAUUAUGCUAGCCCAUGGGGUUAUGCAAGCUGUGGUGGUACCAUUGCAGUCACCCAACAAUCUGGUACUCAGCAAAGUCGCCCUCACAGUGGCUGCACUAGCAUGCAAUGUCGAUGCAAGAACCGAGUUCAGAAAUGCAGGUGGACUGGCCCAUCUGGUAAAACUCCUCCACUCCAAUCAUGACGAGGUUAGAAGAAAUGCAUGCUGGGCUAUUGCUGUGUGUGCAAAUGAUGACUUGACUGCAGCUGAACUGUAUAGAUUGGGGGCCUUUAACAUUCUUCAGGAGAUAAAUCUUUCAACCAGGCGCCAAAAUACUUUUAGUAAAUUGGCUGAAAACAAGAUGCUGGAUAACAACCUCUCUCUAAAGUACAAUCAGAAAGGCUAUUUGUCCUACAGCAACCUCAUCAAUGACGGCUUUUAUGACCAUGGUCAGAUAAAACCAGAAGCCAAGCUGCCAUCUCUGGAAGAGCUCAGCAAGCAGGAGCUGAACCAGAACCGAGCCGUUAUUUUAGUAAAUACACAAUUUCCUGAGCCGGCUGUGUCUUCACCACUUCCAUUAGAGGAAAAGUCAGAACCAAAUCCUGGCAGGUCUCCAUCUUCACAGAGCAGAAGUGCUUCUAGAGAAAAAGGAAGUAUCAAUGCUCAAUCUCCAGUAGACGAAAAGCAAGACACUCAUACAGGUCGGUCUCCUUCUCUAAGCAGAAGUGGUUUAAAAGACAGAACUCCAAGCAAAGGGAAGAGUAAGGCAAAGAAGGAGGAAGAAAAGACAAAGGAGGAAGAUGAGGUGCCCCAGAUACAAAUUCAAGAGCCUUCUGCUGACAAAACACAGUGGUUUCCACCAUGUGACCAAGAAUUAAAUGACUAUAUCUCAGAGGCAUCCAAAACGAUCCUUCCACUCCCCCAUCUUAAGGAGCAAGUUGUUGCUUUGGCUCAGCUCGUUGCCGCGAAGAUGGGUGGCUCGAUUGAGAGAAGUCAACUGCACGAUUUCAGCUGGGAACUCCAUAUCGGUGAACUCAAAUAUGAGCUAAAGUGCAAUGUGAUACCCAUUGGGAAGAUUAAGAAAGGAAUAUUUUACCAUCGAGCACUGCUUUUCAAGGCUAUUGCGGACAGACUUGGCAUCGGCUGUUGUCUUAUACGUGCUGAUUAUGGUCGAGCCUGGAACGAAGUCAAAUUGCUGGAUGUCUCGCCCCAAAAAGGAACAAGAGGUCAGCCAGAGACUUUCAUUGUGGACCUGAUGCAUCAGCCGGGUCACCUGAUGAAACACGGCAGCGCGGAGGCGGAUAACUAUCAGCAUAUCUGAUACAAGAUCUUUCUUCUGUCAAAUAUUCAAUAUUUUAUAUCACAUUUGCUUACAAUGUUCUCUGUAUAAUAAACUAUCCAGAUAUUUAA